UCUAAUGUUUACUUAAGCUCCAGUGCACAUCUCUAAUGUUUACUUAAGCUCCAGUGCACAUCUCUAAUGUUUACUUAAGCUCCAGUGCACAUCUCUAAUGUUUACUUAAGCUCCAGUGCACCUCUCUUACACCAGCUGUAGUGCACCUCUGUGCCAGCAUGCACUUGAUGGCUGAGAAUUUGAUGGACUGUAUCAGCGUGGAAGACGCCAGAGUUUACAACCUACGGGACAAGCUCAAGUCGGCUCUACACUGGAAAAUCAUCGAGCCAUUCCUCCCGCCCUGGCCCCGCGUGACAACCGGAAGUGCGACCUCUGACCAGAUCGUUGGUCUGACCUUGCACUGUUUCAUCCUCUCCAGCUUCGUCUUGACCGUGGCGCUCGCCAAGGUCACAUACCACCUCAUCAGGUUCCUCGCCUUCGUCACCUUGAACUUCGUCGUCUUCAGGGGGGAUGUCAAGCCAAUCGUGGAGGAGGUCAAUGAGGCGGUGACGCAGGAUCAGCUGCGUGACGCGACCAUUUUUGAUUGCUCGGGGUUAAGGGUCAUCAUAGUUCAAAAGCGCCUGUCUAAACCCAACCCUUCCAGCCUGACGACAACCACACAACCUGACUACACCGGAAGUGAUUCAUCACAAGAUAUUUUUAGCAUUUCCUCUUUAUAGACUUUAGAACCGUACAAAAACUGUAAUAAACUCAACUUUACAACCGUACAAAAAAUGUAAUAAACUCAA